AUGUUCUCAUAUCUGCGACCCCACCACAAGCGUACCCCAUCGAUCCCUUCGUCGCCAGUAGAACAAUCACACUCCUUUGACCCACCCUCACGUCCUGUCGAUAAUGGCCACGGGCAUCCUCAAGCGUGGCAGGAUCCUAGCUCUCCAGAAUGGGCAGACCCGUCGAUCUCACGGUUGACCUUAGGAGGUACGGACGCCUCCUCAGGAGCGGACAACCUCUCGAGGCCUAGAGUGUAUGAAAGGGAGCCAAGAACACAAGCCCGGGAUGCUUCAAAAGGAACGGAGAAAUCGCGAGAUAUAUUUUCGUACGGCAAUUACCAGAGAAUACCGCCUGGGUCGUCGCAUCGACCAGAUUCAGCUGGAAAUGCGACUCUGCCGAGUUAUAGUAACCCACAGCAGCCGACCCAAACUGGCAUGGCCACCGAUAUGGCCUCGAGACAGAAGUCCUCUGAACCAAGGCAUGCCUUUGUGACCGCCACAGAUAUACAGAAUAGCGCAGUGCCAACAGGCAGACGGCCAACAGGUGGAAGGCUACCACCUCCAGGAGCAGCCCCCGCUCAUACGGUGUCGACUUUUGAGCCAGCCCAACCCAAAUCAGGGAAAGGAAGAUUGAACCUGCUGAACCCAAUAUCGCUUCUUGCUCGUCGAAGAACGUCACAGGCAGUUCCAUACCUUGCUCCAGAAACGCUUACGACCAGUAGGGCUAGGGAUCAUGUCUCUGAGAACUUGGACUUUAGGAUACGAGGAACAGUUGUUCAUGAUUUCAGUGCUCCUCGACCUCGAAACAACCUGUCGUAUACCGAUGUGCGGGCGGCAGAGGCCACGAACACCUCUUUUACGCCAUAUCAAAGAAGUCCUAACCCACAGGGUGACGGACGCCAUACACCUGUAUUCACGGAGAACUUUGAAGAGGAACAGUAUCCGGCAGCAGGGCCACAUGUCAGGAAAGCAAAUGAUUUGACUGAUCUCCCACUACCGAAACCUCCCUACGCUAAAGGCGCCCAACGAUUAGUUGAGCCCAACCCCCCUGGAAAUAAGAGCAGCGAGCCGCUGCGGAUGCAAAUGCCAGCGCGGGGGGAUACGAACGCGGAGGAUCCCCUAUCGGAUGUUGGCCCCCCUGUACCGCCCAAAGCUCCACGGUCGAUACUAAGUGAGGGAAAACGGAUAUCCAUAGAUUCUAAUACAACACCACCAAGGCCAAAUUUGUCGUCACGGAAUGGUAGACCGCACAAUGUCUCGGAGGUGCCGGCCAAGGAUGCAGCCAUUCCAAAGCAUAUGAAGAGUACAUCGUCGAGGUUCAGUUUCGACAUGAUCGGUGCCGCUGAGCAGGAAAGGCUUCUGGAAGAUAGGCAUCGUCAGAGGGCAUUGGAGAAAAAAUCCGAAAUCCCCAAUGAGGAUGACCAGGAUGAUGGUUUUGAUGACGACUUCGAUUAUGAUAAUAUGGACGACGAUGAUGGUUUAGAGGAAAGGAUUCCCGGCGUCAAUACUGAUUUUGACGAGGAAGAAGAUGUAGACAUUCCGGUACCCAGCGGGGGAAAUCUUGCAGAUUUCACGUUCCAGCAAUCCUGGCUUGGCACCCCAUUGAGUCCUUCUAGUCCGGGCAUGGCACAGACCCCACGAGAUGCCAAUGGCGAAGUCAUCGGUUUUGCGGUGACAAAAAACUCACCACAUUUUCCAGAGGGCCUGCUUCAGACCACUGCAUUAUCGCUAGUGUCUCCUUCAUCACCUCCUAUCGCCUCGCCAGGCGUUGAUUCUCUACAAGGUCUGGGGCUACAAGGCAUUGAUGUCCCAGAGCCUAUAAAAUCUCCGAAGGCGCAUAUCGAAACACACCGUUCCCAGCCAUCCAGAAUCGAUGAUGAUGAUUUGUACUUUGAUGAUGGCAUCAUUACUGGCCCUGGGGAUGACGAAGAAAUUGCGGAAUUUGACGAAUCGAUUUUCGAUAACAUCGAUACUGACGAGUAUGGGAGACCUCUAAAACCACUAUCAUCCAUCCCCACCCUCUACUUACCCCCAACACUUACAUCGGACCCAUCUCCAUCUCUUGAUAACAAGCCAAAGGAGAGCCGUGGUGAUGCAAAAGGAACGACGGAGCCAGUACCGCUGGAUAGUUUACCCCUUGAUGGCGGCCUAGCGCCAAAACCCUCAGCGGCAAACCGUAGCACAACGCAGGCUGCUGUAUAUGCACCGCCCACUCUUGACCUGACCCAAGACUCUCUAGCUGCAUAUCAGUCUGCCCUCGCGGCUGCAGCAUUUGCAGCUGCUGCCAACGGCAAAUUUCGGCGUGGGGGCUCUCCACCAUUCCCCGUACACCCAGAGCAAGACGAUGCCCAACCUGGUAUGAUAAGUGAUUCUAGCCACACCUCACAUUACGAACCUUUCUCCCCCAACUAUGACAUAGAGGACGACUUCGACUACGACGAUGCCCUUGAGGACGAUCCCAUCAUCGCCGCAGCUAAUGCCGAAGCCCUUGCUAACGAUUGUGAUGGGUUCUAUGGUCAAGAAUUCGGGUUUUACUCGGCUCCUGCUGUAGGUGAAGCCGAGUACGCGAAUGGUGGCUAUUUCGGACCCCGCGGGUCAGAAGGGAUCAAUCGUUCACAGAGCGGAAGAGUCGUUUCUCGAGAGCCAAAUUUGACGCCUAUCACCGAGCGAAGCGAGUACUCGAACCGUAACUCAUUCAUGUCACCUUCAAUGUACGGUUCUGGAUCAAUUGCAAGCCCGGGCCUAGCUCAACUAGCUGGUAUGAUCAGUUCACCGGAGUAUGAAGGAGGCGAUAUGAGUUUAAAUGCCUUGUUGAAAUUGAGGAGGGGGGCAUGGGGUGGCAGUCAGGCUAGCCUUCACAGCAGUAAUGGGAGCCCAAAAAGUGCCGCGGGACAGGGGGAUGGCAGCCCAGUUGGCGGUCUACCACCUUGGGCGCAAACCGGUACCGUUGUGAACCCUAUCACAUCAACCGCAUCAGCAUCUCACAGACGCAAGAAUAGCGGGAUCAGUUUCAUAAGCGAAGCUCCUAGCGAAAAGGAUGUGCAGAGCGACGAAAAUUCAGGACCUACGAGCCCGAAUUUGGCUUUGAGUGCGACAGCCUUGAACCUUUCCAAGCCUAGCAUAGAUAUGGAAAAGGAAGAAAAGGAAGAAAAGGAAGAAAAGGAAGAAAAGGACAACGGUCAACAGCUUCGAAGACACAAGCACUCCGCUAGUGCAGAGAGCAUCAGCUACCUGAAAGAGGAGGACCCUGUUGGCGGCCCGAGGUGGAUUUUAGAGAGGCGACGGACUGGUGAAAGUGGCGAGGUUCUAGAACUGGAAAGGGAAGUUAUUCAGGGAGGUAGGAUAUAG